AUGUUCAAAAAAUAUAAAAACCAGGACUUAGAUAUGACUUUUUGGUGGAAGAAGAAUCCAAAGACGCCUAUUGAUAAUGUCAAACUACUUAUAGAACAACUUUCCAAAAUCAACACUGCGUCUACUAUUGAUAAUAAAAAGAAGUUACAAGGUGAAUGUUGGAACUAUUUGAUUGCUAUCAAGUUGUAUACUAUAGGAGAAGCAGACCCUAAACCUACACCUGAAUUAAUAGACGAAAUGUUUAAAGAAAUGCAUAAUUUAGAUUUAUUUUAUGAACUAUUGGAGCAUUUCACUGAUUUAGAAUUUGAAGCAAGAAAAGAAAUUGUGUUACUUUUUGCCAUAUGUUUGAACUACUCUAAGGAUAAUAAGUUUGUUACUGUUGAUUACCUUGUAUCCAAACCUAAAUCAUUAAAUUAUAUGUUACGAUUGAUGGAAUCCUCCUUGCAAAAAAGGAUAUCUCCUCAAGAUCUUUUUUUGCUUGUUGGUAAUAUGGUUCUUGAAUGUGUGAAAUAUGAACAACUGAAUAGAAUAAUUCUAAAAGACACUCAAUUAUGGAGAUUUUUCCAAUUUGCUACAAUAAAUAACUUUGAAAUCAGUACCCAAUCAUUACAAAUAUUAAAUUCUGCAUUAACAGAACACCCUAAAUUGGUAUCCCAAGAAUUCUUUUCCACUGAAAAUAAUAUUACUAAAUUUAUUCUAAGUAUAAAUAAAUUAAUUGCACAUGGAUCAUAUGUAACAAAGAGACAAUCCACUAAGUUAUUAUCAUCAUUAAUAUUAAGAAAGGCUAACAACCAAUUAAUGCAAUAUUACAUAAAUUCAUCAGACAAUUUAAAAUUGAUCAUGACUGUAAUGACGGAUAAAUCGAAAAAUCUUCAAUUAGAAGCUUUCCACGUAUUCAAAGUAAUGGUUGCUAAUCCAAGAAAGACAAAACCAGUGUUUGAUAUUUUAACCAAAAACAGAGAUAAGUUACUAAUAUAUUUCGAGAAAUUUGGAGCGGAUAAUAUGGAUCAAACAUUUCAAGACGAAAGGAAUUUUAUCAUACAACAAAUUGAUGGGUUACCGAGGUUAGUAGUAUCCUCCACAAACAAUGAAGGUGUAUUAAACCCUUCGCUUUCAAUUGUGUCUGCCUCAUCAUCUCCAAUUCAAAAUACUUAA